GGCGGCGGUAAACCGACCAGAGCAGAUACGAGCAAACAGCGUACAGUGGCUACGCUCGGGUAGAGCCACACGGCGAGGCGCGGACGACGCGAGUGUCAGAUCCUCUGUCGAAGUGGCAGCAACAGCAGUGGUUCCUAUCUUGUUUCGGCUGAUACAAGAAUGGCUCGCCCAACCAGCCGGCACCGGCUUGUGACAGCAACAAACGCUUGACUCGUAACACUCGUACGAUCUAUUGGAAUGGUAGAGUCGACAAGGUGGUGAUGUUGUGUGCGCUGCGUCGACGCAAGCGGCUACCUGGCUGGGGAACUCUCUGGCUAAAUCUUAGCUCGGCGCUCGAAUCGCUCGGAUCAGGUACCCCUAACUCCGCCUAUUUGAGGGCGAGGAGGUACCCCUGGAUUAGACACUAUAUAAGCAACACGACCAAUCGUGGAAGUCAGACGCAGAUGAGGAUCAAAGACGAAUAGUGGUCUCUCUAGCAGACAUAGACCAACGAAGAAAGUGUGCUCUUCACCACUUGUGCGACUUUACCACCUUGAGGAUACAUUGAACGAUUUUUAGCAAUUAAGAUUCCGCUAGCAGUGCGUUGCGGCCGAAUAGCUGGUCAACCUACCUGUGGAUUGUGACAAGUUCGCUCUAACGCUUAGUCCUUGUCAGGGGACUAGGUAGAAAGAUCACAUUAUUGAGUGUUACGUUCGCUGAGAAAAGGGCGCGCGAAACAGGACAAAAUCAUGCCGAAGGCUUUCCUGAUCAAGAAGAAGCACGACGCCAAGCUGGCGUCGGCGCUAAGCGGCGUUAAGAGGCCGUGGACAGAAGAUCUGGUAGAGGAACUCCGGGCUCCACUCUCAGUAUCACCGGUUCCUUCGGUAUCACCCAGCCUUUCGGAGAACAACGCAACGGUGCCUGAUUUCUCCGUACCAUAUGACCUGUCGAUGAAAAAACGUCGUACAUCAACAUCAGACGCAGAAUGCUCUCCGGUAUCCUCACCCAUGCGAACUCCGUCACCUUCAGGGUACUCCCUACCUUCACCGCCUUCACCCCCGACCGUAGUCGACCCUCACCACCCGUGGCCGCAGGGUUUCCUUCCCUACCCGGCCCUGCCAUCUCUUCCUAUUUACUAUGCGCCCCGUUUCGUGCCUCGCGUAAUUCAAAGCGAUGCCGUCGUCCCAACGUGGGCAGCUCAAUCUCAACUCACUGAAUGCCAUACACGUAAAAGCGUCAUUCAGCCAACGCCAACAGAAAAGGUCCUACGCGAAGAGGUGGUGUCUUGCCCCGAUCGACACAGUCCGCCCCAUAACCUACCCCAGCAGCAACAGGCGACGUCACCUGUGCCCACAAGCGGGACCACAGUAAAAUUUGAAUGCGAAGACUGCCACAAAAGCUAUUCAACUUAUUCUGGGUUGAGUAAACAUCGUCAGCAACAUGCCUGCGCUGGCCAACAGGAAUUCUCGUGUAAAUUUUGUGGUAAACGCUACACGUCAAUGGGUGCACUGAAAAUGCACAUUCGCACCCAUACGCUACCAUGCAAAUGCGACAUCUGCGGGAAGGCGUUUUCUCGGCCGUGGCUGCUCCAGGGGCAUAUUCGUACGCAUACAGGAGAGAAGCCCUUUCAAUGCGACGUCUGUGAUCGGGCAUUUGCGGACCGUUCCAAUCUGAGAGCCCACUUGCAAACGCAUGCCAAUGUCAAGAAGUAUCACUGCGAUGCAUGUAAUAAGUCGUUCUCACGAGCCUCCCUUCUUCAGAAACACCACGAGGCUGGUUGUAACGACUGCGUUUCGCCAGCUUCACCUGUGGCCCCGGUGCCGAUACGGCCAGCACUCCAAGCGAUUCAAUGCUAAAAGUGGAGUCACAGCAGAGAAGCAAAUGUUAUUUAUUAUUAUUGUAUUUAGUCGUUUUUUUUUUUAUCCAGAGCUUUCAUCUAAUUUUCUAAUCUAGUAGAAGUGUCACCUGUAGAAAAUUUUCGUUUUGUACAGUGGUCAGCUAUCACUUGUAAAUGUACGCGUUCUCACUUUUCAUGUAUCGAGUCAUAGUUACGGAAACGGAUUCAGAGCUACUUGUUGACGCCGUAUAACAAGAGCGGUGCACAAACACACAACUCAGCUCGCUGGGAACAUAUGAUUGAAACUGAAAUAAACCAGCGUUAACUCCACAUUCAACUCUACCUUUCCUGACUCACUCAGCGGCAGAGUUCGAGUCUCUAGUGCCUUUCUUCGAGCCAGCGCCCGACGAUGCGCGAACCGUUGCCGAGCUAAACGUCUGUCUAAUCGGCAGCUGCUGCUUUUCCCUUAGGAAUGAGUUGAUCUAGUCCAAUUGUACAUACCGAACCCAGUGAAGUGCGUUGGUCGGAGUGCCGCGACCACAGCCCCGGGCUCUGACCACGCGUCGGAGUUGAUGUCACUCGGAGUGUUUUGGCGAUAAUCUUUUUACGAAUGCUCACUUUACAGCGUCUAGGGAUACGAUCUCGUCGAAAACAUCUGACCGUGAAUUCUCCAUGAUGCCAUUGAUGAUGUUAAAAGUGAAUGGAUCCUCUUCUAGAGGUCCUACACUGCAUGUAUUAUAUAUUUAUACUAGUAUAUAUUUUAUAUACAUAUAUAUAUAUAUAUAUAUAUAACAAGUGAAAGAAUAUGAAUAGGAUUCGAAGCGCAGCACAUCACCAAUGUAAGAACAAGCACAGUGGACUGUUGAUAUAAUAAUACAACGACAGCUGUAUACCAAAAAACAAUCUGAUGUACAGAGUUCUGCAUAUGUAUAUAUAUAUAUCCAUAAUAUAAACACCAAAUAACUUAUAUUACGUAUUAAGAUUAUAUUAUUAUGAAGAUGCUACAGUGGUGACUAUGGUAUAAUUGAGG